AUGCAUGUCUUCAAGCCACAUCAGCAACUCUACGUUGAAACUGAAAUAACACUCAUGCAUGGAAUGUAUCUCAAGUUUGAAAGCCAAUUGGAAAACACAUACAACAUUUGGCUUUCAUACAUUCAAUUCGAUACACCAGAUGACUUUGAUGUUGAAGAAGAAGACUCUACUCAAGAAGAUGAACCACAAGACUCACAAUUUUCCGAAUAA